UUGCAUUUGGUGGUGCCGUGCAGCACCGCGCUCUCCUUCUACAUCUCAAUACGCCCGUUUGCCUCUUUUGUCCGAGAUUAUAGCGUCGCCGAAAAAGAGUCUACACUUUUGUUUUCCUUUCAUAUCAUAUCGAUAAUUACCUAAAUAUAUUCUACUUGGUACCUCGCAUAGCCUUUCACCAAUGGAAAAAUGUACUAAAUCAUGGGAAAUCAACUGAGUACUGAAGCCAAAACUGAAUUUGACGGUGCAGAAGCAGAACGAGAACGAGAACGAGAUACAGAUUCGUCGCCCUCUAAUCUUUCUCACCCGCCGUUCGCUCCUCAAUCCCCGGAAAUUGUCUUCUCUAGUCAAGUUGCCCCAUCCGGAAACCGCCUACCGCCUAGCCCGACUCACCAACGAAAUAAUACUCAAUCAGACAUAGCCAUGUCUAGCUCACCUGCCGCCACGUCGUCAAGGCCAGGUGCCAGGGUCGAAAUACCUGAAUCUCCAGAGUAUAAACAACAGACGUCAACACCAGUCCCUGGAGCAAACAAGUCUAGAAAGCGAAGACGUUUAAACCGUCCCAAUCUGAUAUCACUGUCUAGUUUGGUCGAUUCCGAUGAUGGAGAGGAUAAUGGGGCCGGUGUCAACGGUUCCUCGCCAGCUUCCGAGGGAUUUUCCCUCAGUGUACGCAAGAAGCGUAAGAUGAAGAAUGAGAUGCGCCGGCAGAAAGUAUCGUUGCAAGCUUCUCCUGAUUUAGGCAAUCUCGAAAUCCCAACCGAUCCUAUAGAGUCUGUCGAAGCCGACGAAAUCCAAGAGACUCAGCAAGAAUCUGCGCUUAAUUUGCGCCCUAUCGAUACUGCGACUGUCGAGUCCACGCCGUCGAGCACCUCACUACCCAAGAAAAGAAAGACACGGGGUUCAGCUAGCAAGGAAACAAAGAAACAAAAGCGCACCAGUAAUGGAAAUGCCGGAGUAGAUUCGACAACUUCAUUCAGCGGUCUUGCAGAGAGUCUCUAUGCUGGCCGCAGAAAGAAUAAGAAGGCCCUUGAAGUCAUUGAGGAUGACUCUGUAGAUACCAGUACCUCGGAAACGUCGGAACAUCCCAGGCAAAAAUACAUGGCACAUAUUUCUUCCGUCCCUGGUUUAAAUAUGAAUGGCACCGAUCUAAACUCAGGGCGAGCGGCGCAACUUCGUGAAAAAUCCGACGAGGCGGAGAUGGAACAAUCUGAAAAGAGUUCCUCUAGUGCUAAUCUACCACCAAACAGUACCCAACAAGACAACCAGAAUCAAGUUGUUGUUCAUCAGAGUGGAAGAGGUGAAGAUUCAGAAUCUUACGGAGCGAGCGAUGAUAGAGAACAACAAGGAAGCAACAAUGCUAGCAAUUCAAUUCCCCAAACUGUGGCCAAAGUCGAUACUAUUAAGGGUAAACACCAACCAGAUGCUGAUAGGCCACUUCGACCUAAGCAAGGCUCAGCGCGAAAACGCGUGGUUAAACCGACAUUCUUUGAACGUGAGGCGGACGGCCAUACUAAUGGUUUGGCCAGACCUUCUUCCUCUUCUACCACAGGCAAGAAACAAGCAAAACUUUCUUCUAUGCUCCAAGGACACGACGCUGAUAGUCCCACACCGAAUAAAACGCCGUCCAAACAUCGCACUCCUCAAAAGACGAGGCAGGCUCAUGAAUUGGUUACUGGCCAGUUCAGCGAAUUCGAGCUUCGUAAUAUUACACAGGCGGUUGAGCGUUGGAGAGAUGAUCAUAACUUGACCCAGUCCGAAGUGAACGACCUCAUCCAAGGCAACCCCCGGGAAGUCAAAUCUCAAGAGUUUUGGGGUCGUAUUGUUGCAACUUGUCCGAAUCGCCGGCGCCAGAAAGUCAUAAAUCAGUGCCGUCGAAAGUUCCACAACUUCGUUGCCCGUGGUUCAUGGACCCCUGAGCAGCAUGACGAAUUGAAGCAGAUGUGGGAGAUACACGGAAGUAAAUAUGCUGUAAUAGGGAAGCUUAUCAAUCGACACCCCGAAGAUGUACGAGAUCGCAUACGGAACUACGUCGUGUGCGGCGAGAAUCGUCGAGUUGACCCAUGGACUUAUGAGGAAGAGGAGAAACUUCGCUCAAUAAUAAUCGAGGCCGUCAAAACAAUUCAGGAGCGUCGUCAAGAGGGGCAUAUAGUAUCGGAUGAGUCUGAUGAGGACUUAAUUGACUGGCAAAGGGUUAGCGAAUUGAUGAAUCGAACACGGAGCCGACUCCAGUGUAUACAGAAAUGGAAGCUUAUGCAGAAGCAAGUGCAAGACGGUGUCGCAGGAAUAGAUGGUGGCGAGGCCCUUCCCGUCCCCCAAAUCAUCGAGAAGGCUCGUGGUGAAGCAGCUGCAAUGUCCAGCCAAGAUCGGUAUAAUAUUGUCAAGGCUAUCCGAGCUUUUGAUAUCAACGCGGACAGCCGGAUUCCAUGGACCAAGGUUAGGACGAAACAGCUGCGUAAUCGUUGGUCGCGCCCUACAAUUAUCUUGGUCUGGUAUCGCUUAAAGCACACCGUUCCUGACCAUGCUAUCAUGACCGUACCGGAGAUUAUCAAGCAGCUUAGUAUAAAAUACCACGAGACCAAAGAGCUCAGCUUCCCGAGUGACGAAGACUACGAUCAGGAUGCCGAGUACAGCGAAAUCGAGCGCAAGGUCAACAAGAUUCUAACGAAUGCCCAACGUACACCAAAAACCCCAAACACAGUUGUUAAAACCGACGACGAGGAUGAGGAUGAGGAUGAGGAUGAGGAUGAGGAUGAGGAUGCGGAUGAGGGCGAGAAUGAGGGCGAGGAUGAGAGCGAGGAUGAUGACGAAAUUGCGGAAAAGGAUAAGGGCAGUAGUGCAAGUGAGGAGAGCCGCCAAGACGAUGCACAAAGCGAUGAAGAGAUUCAGCAGAAUGAGACGGAACAGGAUGAUACGGAGGAUCAGAGCAGCAAAGUUAACAAAGCUGGAGGCCAACGCGCAGCGGACAGUGACGAUGAGAAUGGCUCUACUGACAAGUCGGGAGAUGAAGGGCUUCCGAACCAAAUUGAGACGGGUCACAAAUCUAAUGAUGACACCGGCCUGAAAGGCAAUGUGGAAGAAGACGAAAACUCCGAUCGCGAAUCCCCAAUCGAUACUCCCUUUCUCUCGAAGGCCAGAUCACAGAGGUCUUCCAAGAGCCGGAAGCGUUAUAGCUCAUCGAGCAAAACUGCGACUUCUCGAACUCCAGUUCCCAGCAAACGUAGAGUUGCCAAGAGCGCGGACAAAGCCAGCGUUAAGAAAUCUGGCCCAGUUGAAGAAGAGUUGAGUAGUGAUACAAACGCGAGCGAAGUGGAAAGUAUUCCAGCACGUUUGUAGUGUUGACUACGAAUAUAUCACGAAUCCUGUUGCUUCCUAUGAUCUCGGAAGGACCUAGUUUGGUCAAGUUAUCAUUGGUAUUCCAUUCUAUGAACGCCGGAUUAUUUCGUGAUUAUUUCUGGACCCAGCACUUCCCCGAUUCGAAAUCUUCGGCCAUCGUUACGACAAUAUGGCAAAGCCCAAAUCCUUAUGUCAGCAAGCAAUGAAUAAUGC